UGUCUUAAUUCAAUAAGCAGCCUGCAUAGGUCGUAACAGUUUAUACACCAAGUCGCGUUUACUAGUUCACAAACUUGAUAACUACAGGUAUGCAUCGAAGUACUACUGGUGCUCUUGAACCUCUGAUCACUUGGUCGCGGUAGCCAUAUAACAUCUGGCUUCUUCGUGCCAUCAACAAGUCUACUGAACUUUGUUAAGGAGAAUGCCAACUUUGCCAAGCAAGAAGGGUGAUUGUCCUCUGUCGUUGGAAGCCAGGGCGAGAAUUGUGUUUGCCGCUUCUCGGGCAGAAAACGCCAAACUCGUUGAAGAAGUUGAUGCUCAUAUAAAUGCUGCGCAUGCCACCCUGGCCCGUAUCAAAGAGCAGCACGAAGCGAAUCGGACCGACCUGUCAGCGCGACUCCAGGCCGAUGAAGAGAAGAUUCACGCAUUGUGUACAGCGUACUUUCCGUUGCUCGAUGACGUCGUUCACCAACGCAUGCAAAGUACAGAUACGAUGAAGGCUAUAGUGCAAACAUCGGAAGUGGAAACGCGCAAAUCACGAAAGAGGCUGAUGGAGAAGACAAAGGCACGCCUUGACGAUGCACGAGAAAGGCACAAGCUCGCUAUGGAUGCCUCAGAACUCGUGAAACAUUACAAAGCACUCGUCCUUGCGCUGUAAAUAUGAUUGUCGAAUGCUUUCCGGUUACGUUCUCAGUUUUUGUCCAUUCUCUGUAAUUCGCACACGUUUGUAGCAUGGCCUUGUAUCAAUAAAUCAAAUUGUAUGGUCUUGAUCGGUCAACCUAUUUCUAUAACAUGGUCA